GUAACGGAUCCGGCGGGCCUGGGCCUUCGGCGCCGCGGAGCCGGCGGGGUGGGCAGCGGCGCGGGGAGACCCGCGGAGCCGGUUUUAAAAUACUGAAAAUAAUCAUGCCUGAAAGUCAGACAGUUUCCUGUUCUCCCACUGGAGAUGAUCAAACCAAAAAAGACAAUGCCACAUCACAAGCUUUGGUUCUGUUUGGUGCCCCUAAGGAUGCUGUUGAGAUUUUUCAUGAAAAUAAAAUGACAAAUACUGAAGGGUUGAAUAAAGGCAUUUACUUUAGCUACCCAUGUCGACGUCACAGCUGUGCGUUAGUAAACAUCCCAGCACCAUGUGUCAACAAAAUGAUUUCACACAUUGAAGAUGUAGAGUCUAAAAUACAAGAGCAUUUGAAACAGUUUGAAACUUCAUUUGAAGAAUGGAGCAGAACUUCUACAAAAGACCUGAAAGAAGAUUGGAGUAUUGCUACACCACCGAAAGAGAUCAAACCUGAAGAAGAGAGAGAUGAAAAGUGUCCAGAAUUAAAGCAGGAAUUAGAGGCAUUGCUAUCAGAGGCCAUUCAUCUCAUUAAAAGUCUAGAAACUGACCGUGCAGAAGCUGAAGAAGCUUUAAAACAACAAAAAUCAAGAAGGAAACAGAUAAACGUGAAAAUUGAUACUUGGUCACUCUGGAGACUUCAAGAAAUCCCGUUAGCUGUGCAAAAAGAACAUGAGGCCUAUUUGAGAGAUAUUAUAGAAUUACGAUGGCAUCUUCAAGGCAAAGUUCAUCAACUUAAAUAUUUUGAGGAACAAAAGGCAAAAUUGGACGAAGCUAAUGCAAAGGUUCAGGUAGACAUUGACUACAUGAACGAACAUUGUCCUCUACUGAAUUCAAAAUUGAUCCAGGAACUUGAAGCUCAGAAGGAAUAUUAUAUAAAAAAAAAUGAGGUAAUGGAACUAUGCAAACAAGUUCAUAAAGAACUUCAAGAAGCUACAGAAGAGUGUGAAAAUCUCAAACUGAAAGUUAAACAAAUUAGAGAAGAAAUGGAAAAAGAUAUUAAUGAUGAUAUACAAACCAUAGAAGCUUACAAGAAAGAGAUAGAAAAACUAAACCAUCUAUACAAUUACUAUGAUACAUUAAUACAAAAUGUUAAUGUUACUAUUGAGGAGCGUGAAGAGGAAGUGACUGAUGUAUUGAAGGAAACAAAGAAAUCAACAGAUGAAUUAACUGCUUUAUCAAAAACGUUAGAUGAAUUGAAAAGAGUUUAUGAUCAACUAGUCAGGAAGAAAAAAAAAUUUCAAAAUAACUAUCUGGACACAUUUAAUAACUUUUAUGAUACAAAAAAAUCAUGGGAUAUGGCACUUUCUAAUAUCGCAAGAAAUUAUUCAGAUAUUUCAAUAGCAUAUACUGAAUUGAUGGAUGAAAAUAAAAGAAUUGUCAUCGAUAUUGAAUUCAUAGUACGUUCGAUCAAUGACAGUAUAAAGAAAAAAGAAGAGCUUGAGUCUGAAAUCCAAACUUUGAUGCAGCUGAAGUCAAAAUAUGCUGACCGUCUUAAACAAGUAUACAAAGACUCUUAUAACGUUGGUGCUGUUUUCCUCCUAACCAGACAUAAAACAGAGGAAUUAGAACAGCAAAUAGCAGGUGACAAAAGAAAAUUCAAGGGUAGAGAAGAGUUCUUGAAAAAACACACUCGAGCUGAAGUGGCUAAUGGAAUGAUAAUUCAGAAAAGGCUGUAUUCCCUGCAAGAGGACCAGGAGCUUGUGAAAGAGGAAUUUCUGAACAAGAAAGCAAUGUAUUCGCUAAUCCUGGCAGAAAUAGAGGCACCAAUGCUUCAAAUGGAAGAAGAUGCUGUAAGGAUGAAGACUCUCCACCAAGAACACUCUGAUGCACUAACGCACAUACUUGAGGAGAAAAAACAUGUUAUAAGAAAUGUGGAAAGAAAAAAGAAAAAAUUAGAAAGAAAGGGGAAGGAAGCCCAAGAAGCACUAAUAAAAACUGAGGAAAAAAGCUCAAUGAUUUUUAAAGAAAUACAGACCACUAAAAGUAAAACAAUGCUUUAUGAAGAAAAAGUAAGUCAAUUGACUGAAGACCUAGACAAAAAAGAAAAGGAAAAGAAAAUACUUGAUCGGACACUUGACAAUUUAAGGAACCAAUUUUUAACUAUGAAAUUUAAAAAGGAACACGCACAAGCUGUGUAUAAUCAUCUCAUUAGUGAAAGGAAAAACUGUAAAGAGAGAAUCUAUGAAGAAGACCAGAGACAUAGACUUCUCAUUACCACGAGGCAAAACACUCUGGAAGAUAUUAAAAAAAUACAAGACGAAUCACUAGAAGAAAAUCUACGUUUAGCUCAAGAGUAUCAGAAAUUACUGAUGAAUUUCUUAGUAGAAAAGGACAAUUAUUUCAACCUAUAUGAUAGACAGUUAUCACUUGAUGCUUCAGUUAGAGAUAAGAAGCAGCUCUGUCAGCUGCAAAGAAGGAUACACAAGGUGUGGCAGAAGUACUUCAAACUGGUGGUCCUCUACAGCCAGAUGAGGCUGGCCAAGUUCCAGGCAGACUCUCAAGAGAGCAUUCAGAAAAUAUUAGCUGUGCAGGAAGAAUCUUCAAAUUUAAUGCAACAUAUCGUAGAUUUCCUCCAGACUUUUUCAGAUGGCUCACGUGAAAAUGAUGGUUAAGCAAACAACUAAUGUAUCUUGGAUGUCUAAAUAAAAGACAAGAAAAGUCACACAGUUCAGAUAACAGUGUAAUUGGACAUUCACCUGUUUGCCAUUUCACACGUCCAUGGACGAAAAACUCACUCACCUCCCAGCAGGCUUUGCCACUCUUUUACUUACAGCAAAUCCAUAACAAUGAAACAGGUGACUUUCAUGCUGCUGUCAGGAACGAUCUAAUUUCAGCUCUGGGUGACUGAUUGCAAUUGGCUUUGCCUCAUCUGAUAAUUAAUCUAUGUCACCAUUAAUUGGAAGAGAGAAUAAUUACUGGCAGUGUUGACAGUGACUGUUCGCUUCCCCAGAUUUCCCCAUCGUGUUGGCCCAAAUAAAGGCUUUGAGAUUCAGUACUUAAAGUUUGUGUAAACUGUAACAAUACCUAUGCCCAUGUGACACUUUCAGACACUCUGUCUAAUGUACUAUUGUUUUUGUGUUUACCAAUCUUUUUUAGCUCACUGAGAGCUGUCUCUCUCAAUCACUCCUCAAUGUUCUAUCUUAAUUUUGUGGAAGUUUAAAGUUUUCAAUGAGCUGGAGAUGAAUGAUUAAUGAAUAAAUUUAAAUGCUUCAUUUUGUCCA